AUGUUGUUUAUGUCUCAGCUUGCAGAUCUCGAACUCAAAGUCAGCGAACUAUCUGCACAGCUUGAAGCCAAAGAAGCCGAAGUUUCAAGAUUAAAAAGACAAUUUAGUUAUAGCUUCACUGACAGUGAUGCUCGGAGCUCAACAGAGACUUCAAGAAGGUUUAUAGUUCCUGAAUACGAUUUCCAAUUCCAAUAUGUCGAAGUCGAAAAUGAUAAAUUCAAAGUCCCCAAAAUAAACGAUCAAGAAAUUGAGCAAAUCAAAUUGCAGAUUCAGCAUGCCAACGAAUUAAGAAAUAUAUAUGAAAACAAAUACAAAGAAAUUAUGUCUCUCAAAGCUCCAACAUAUCAAGCUAAAGAAAGCAAAAAUAAAGAAAGAAUCGCUGAUUUAGAAAAUAAAAUAGAAAAAGUCCGAACUGAAAUUGAAGAACAAGUUUCUAUUUCUCAAAAAGCCAAAAGCGAAAGUGAAUAUUUCAAAAAGGAUGUUAUUCCGGUACUUGAAAAAACUCUUCAGCUUUAUGAGAUCAACAAGCAAGAGACUGAAGAGCAGGUAAAAGAAAUGAGAAAAGAGCUGGGUUUGCUUAGAAAAGGAAUUAGAAAAAGUGGAAAUGAAAGUAUAGCAAAAAUUGACGAUUUUGAAAGUCAUUGCCACCAUGAUGAAGCUUUAAUUGAGUCGAAUAAUGCACAGAGCAAGAAAGUCAUUUUGAGAUCUCCAAAAGCAACUACUAAAAUCAAAAAAGAUGAAAGGAGUUUAACCAAAGUGAAGCCUGAAGCCUCUGCAAGUAUACUAUCAAAAAUAACAGCAAGAGUUCCAAGAGCUAAGAAUUAUUGUCCAAGCUAUUUAAGGCACAGAAAAUCUAAUAAUGGACUAGCUGUAAAUUCAUAA